UCUCUCUCUUCCUUUCUCCAGCAGCCACUCCGCAUCGACCGACAAACAUUUUCUCCGGCGAAUUCUCUCCGGCAGACUCCCUCCGGCAACCUGAAAAAAUGUACCAAUGCGUUAAAAAGUGUACCAAUCUAUUAGUCUACUGGUAAUUAAUAUACCAGUGCUAGUGGUAAGCUACCAGUACGUUAAAAAAUGUACCAGUACUAGCGGUACCAGUAAAAAAUGUACCAGUACUAGUGGUACGCUACCAGUACAACGCUACCAGUAGAGAAUAACACAACGCUACUAGCACUGAUAGCGCUACCACUAGCAUUGGUAGCGGUACCAGUCGAGAAUAACAAAAAAAAAAAACAGAUGAUAGUGGUACCAGAUGAUAGGGGAGCCACUGGUAUUGGUACCAGUGAGUAGUGGUAGCGUACCAAUAGCGCUACCAGUGGUAUUGGUACCAAUAGUGCUACCAGUGGUAUUGGUACCAGUAGAGACUAUCAGAUCUGGAAAAAAACCCGCCGUUGCCAGGGUAAGCGGUGGAGAGCUCGACGGUGAUGAGAGCCUCCGGGAUGCUCCAGAUGAAAGGGAAGAUGAUGAAGCCGAGGAUGGCAUAGAGAGGUCCGGCGGCCUGUACGGCCGGUUGCCUACCGGCGACUUCGAAGUAGAUGAGGAAGAUGAGAGGGAUCAGAGUCAGCUGCUUCUCCAUGAUCGUCUUCGUGGUGGUGCUUAUGGGAAGCUGCUGCAGCUGCUGCUAUGAUGGGGAUGAGAUCUCAUCCAUGGCGGUUGACUGGGAGUGAGGUUGAUCUUCAGCUCGUGAAUUCAUCAUCGCCAUUGGGUGAUGGGUUCUGAAUUUGGCGGCGGUGGUGGGAGGGCUGUGGAGGCGGAGAGAGGGGGACGAGAGAUGGUGAUGUCUACGGGAGAGAGGGAGGAGAGAGAGAGAGGGAGGAUGGAGGAGUUAGGGUUUUAGUUCUUUUUAUAUGGUAUGGUGAAUGAUUGGGUGUGGUAAAUUUUUACCCUUCCAAAAAUAUCCUUCCUUUAAUCUUUACCGUUAAUUUAAAAAAAGAAGAAAGAGACAGGAGAGAGAGCGUAUCCAAAGGCUAUGAAGUAGGUUGUCACCGUAUCUCUUCCCCAGAUGUGUUGCAUGUGAGCUUAAUAUAGUAAUCAUUCUAGC